AUGAUCGUGACGAUUGGAGCACCUGAUCCCGCCGCUUCUGUAAACAGCACCGCGGACGGCGACAGGGUAGGGGAGAGGAUGGAGAAGACGGUGCCCACUGAAGACGACAAGAGAACUAAGCAAGAACAGACAUAUUCAAUGUCGUUCGGUGUCCUGGGUGAGUGUCUUGAGUAACAGAGUAUUUGUCGUCAUGGGGUGCGUGAAUUCAAGAUAGAUGGUUGUAGGGAGUAAAAUUAUCAAUGCUAUUUGUGGUGGUACUAGACUAUGAUGCGGUAUUCUCAAACAUUCACGCAAAAUGCCAUUGACCCCAGUACUUGAGGUUAAUCACAUACACCGUUCAUAUUAGGCUACAUGCCACGUUUGUUUUUGUUUUUGGUGCGUCGCGUCAGGUAGCAUUGUGCGCAUUCCGAUGAGCAGGGCCGAAAGUGGCGGCUGCCUUUUGUUGUCCCACAGGUGUAGCCUAGCCUAUGGGUCCAAUGCGACUGCAUUUACGUCUAUUAUAUUGUUAUGAUGUCGGCUAUGUAUUGUAAUAAAUAAUGGAUGUACAUUAUUUAUUUCAGUGGUCUAGCAGUCAAAUAAGGGGGUUUAAACGGAAACUGUAAGACUAAAAGUUGAAUAUUUAAUUUAGGAGUUGAGUAGCCUUAAGUGGUUAUUUUAUUACAACUUUGUCCUGAAAAAACGGCAUUGUGCAAUGUGCAAACAUUAAGCAACCACACACAUUUAUUACAAGUCCACAUUUCUUACGCAAAUACUCAGUACACAAUAUCACAAUGUCCCAGAAAGCCUGCAGUUAUCAGAACCAUCACAGACACAUUUUACCGCACUUUGUUUUUGCAAAUUCUGUCACAACUUGGUAGAGGCGAGAGCUGACUGACUGGUAUUUUUUGCAAUGGCUGUGGAAAGUCCUCCAAGAGCAGCAAUGCCAAAAAACGGUAUGGCACAGGACAUGGCUUUAUUAUGAAUUUGGAGAUGGAGGUCAACCUGGUCUCAGAGCAUUUGGUAUUAUUCUUUUUAUUUUAGGACAUUUUUAGCAGACGCUUUUAUACAGAGCGACUUACAGUUAGUGAGUGCAUACAUUUUCUUACUGGCCCCCCGUGGGAAACGAACCCACAACCCUGGCGUUGCAAGCGCCAUGCUCUACCAACUGAGCUACACGUAAAUCCGAGACACUCCAUUUAGUUUGAUACAUUACGUUUCGUAUGGUGUGUAUUCAUUUGUGGAUGUCCAUCACCAAUUUCGUAUGAUAUGUUUCGAAUUACAAUUCAUAGUAUAUGUUACGAAGUGCAAAACGCACAAUAUGUUACAAAUUUGCAAAAUGUAUGCUAUGUUACGAAUUCUAGCUAGGUGGCUAACGUUAGCUAGCUCGCUAACGUUAGCUAGGCUAGGGGUUAGGGUUAAGUUUAGGAGUUAGGUUAAAGGGUUAAGGUUAGGGGAAGGGUUAGGGUUAGGCAAAGGGUUAGGGGAAGGGUUAGCUAACAUGCUAAGUAGUUGCAAAGUAGCUAAAAAGUAGUAAGUAGUUGAAAAGUUGCUAAUUAGCAAAAAUGCUAAAGUUGUCCGUGGUGAGAUUCGAACUCGCAACCUUUGGGUUGUGGGGGAUAAUGACGCGAUGCUCAGAGCCCGUAUCCAUAAAGCGUCUUAGAGGACAGUCCUGAUCUAGGAUCAGUUUUGCCUUUUCGAUUAUAAAUUGGCACUGCUACUCUGAGACGCCUAAUGAAUACAGGCCCAGAUGUGCUAUUGGAUGAGGGGACAUGGGGAUAACCCACAUUCAAUAGGCUUUGGACUGCAUUUCUACCAUUUUUACUGUCAGACUAGUAUCCUCCAUUCAGUACACACACACACAAAAUUGGCCUGUGAUUUAUGUUGGGCAAAAUUGUGUUGAUCAUAAAAUAAAAGUGUUGGUUAGGAAAAGAGCACCACAGUAAAGUCAGUAGGUACAAUCACAAAGGAACAUGACCCCAUUUUCUAUAUCUGCUGAUAGAUGGCUUUUGACAUGUUGCUACUAGUAGACCUAGCAGUCCCAGCACGAUAGCAGUACCUAGUAUAGUGCUGUCAUCGGUUUAAACAGUGUUGACAGUGAAGAUAAAAGUAUACAAUUUAGUUGUGUAAGAAUGGGGAAGGAUAGAGUAGUUGAUGCUGUUCAUAACAAAAGCACGAUAGUGGCACCUGGUUAGAGUGACAAGAUUAAUUUCACUGCACAAUCUAGACAUGGCUCACACGUUAGGGGAGGGAAAGUGAAAUGGGGAUACCUAGUCAGUUGCACAACUGAAUGCAUUCCACCGAAAUGUGUCUUCUGCAUUUAACCCAACCCUUCGGAAUCAGCCUAGUGGUGUGUGUGGGUGUAAAUGUGUAAGAGAGACAGAAAGAGAGAGACAGAGAGAGAGAACAUGAGAGAGAGACACAGAGAGAGAGAAAGUGAGAGAGAGACAGAGAGAGAGACCGAGAGAGAGAAAGUGAGAGAGACACAGAGAGAGAGAAAGUGAGAGAGAGAGAGAGAUGGCAGGGAAUGUUAGAGGACAGGACAGGACAUGUCGGUAACAGGACAGUUAUGGGAUUGUCAGUCAACGAUUCUCGUUGUUAUUGUGUGUCACAUGGUUUGACCUGGUUAAGUUGGACGCUUUACUCGGCAGAGCCUGUGGUUAGUACCUCCCAUGUAGUGGUUGAUUUUCAAGAGCAGUGCUCCCAAGCUACCAUACAAGUACUGCAGCUUAGUAGAGUAAACACUGUGAGCGUAAUGUUCUGUUGUACAAACAACUUAAAUACACAGAGCUUGUGUUGUACAAGAGGAGCUGAUCCCUUUUUUAAUCAUGCCAAUGUAGGAAAUGAUCAUGUCUGAUACUUUCUGAUUUGGGAUGAUCUCUGCCCAUUUCUGACUUUCAGACAGGGGAAAGCAGUAACAAACUGCUUUGGCCUUGUUGAUGGGCAGGCGAAGCUGACAGUGAGGAUUUGACAUUUUGGCAGAAUCCUCCCUCUCUCCUUCUGUCACCCAUGUCCCCAUUACACCGCACUGACUGAUGUGAAAUAUUCUCUCUCUCUCUCUCUCUCUCUCUCUCUCUCUCUCUGUCUCUCUGUCUCUCUCUGUGUCUCUCUCUCUCUGUGUCUCUCUCUCUCUCUCUCUCUCUCUCUCUCUCUCUCUCUCUCCUCCCCUCUACCUCUUCCCCUUUAGAUAAAUUGUUUGGGAAACGCCUCUCGCAGGCCAGACAGUACAUCAUGUCCCAUAAAUCCUGGCUGAAAAUGGUGCCCACGGAAGACUGUGAUAUACUAAUGACAUUCUCAGGUACGCUAAAUCACCACAUUCACCUUCCACGGUUCAGUCCCUUCAACCAUGAUGGGAAACUUAGAGGGGGAGUCUUAUUGGCCGAUGUGGGCAAUGAGCCAAUCACUCGUUGACGUGACACAGAACAGUCUACAGGGACUAUUGAAUAAAAUCUAAUACCUGUAUGUUUGUUUCAGAGUCAGGCACUCUAUGAUUCUGUACACAUGCUGUGUGGGUUUACACAAAUGGAUCAAUCUCAUUAGUCAAAGCACAUUUCCCACAUGGAUCGCAAAUCAAAUUGGGUUGGAUAUUAAUUAUUGCACUCAUUCUUGCAGGAUGGGAUGAAAUGAAUACCCCAUAAACACUAGGGCGGUUACCUAAUUGAUUGUAUUUACCUUUUCAUGGCUCCACCCUCCCACGGUUACCGUUGCUACCUCUGUCAAGCUUUGAAGAAUGUUGUCGUUGCAGCCUCCUUAUUUGAAUGUUCCAAGAGUCUGUGAUCAGUCUGAUGAAUGACUAGAAUGUGAAGUGUAAAAAAAAUGUAAACGUUGAAUGAUUGCGAUUAAUGGCAAUUGGGCUGUGGCUGUAAAUAGACUCAGACUCUUAAAUAAAUUAAAUACAAAAGCUGACAUAGAAACUGACCAUUUCCUCCUUUGUAGACACCAUAGACGACCACACCUUGCUAUGGCUGCUGAACCAUAUCCGACUGGGAAUCCCACAAGUUACAAUCCAGAUCCGACAGCAUCAACACACACGGGGCUAUGCAUUCUUCAUUACAACCACAUUUGAGAAGUAAGACACUCCACUUCUUACCUGACAUUUAAGUCAGAAAUGUAAUGGUUAAAUGUUAAUUAUAUAGUAGUUACCUAAUAAGUACUAUUUUGUUUCUCUGUGAUUGUUUGAAACAAGCACCACCACGUACCAUUUGGCAUCCGAAGUACUCACAUUGUUAACGCAUCAUUUGUAAACAUCACAUUCGUAAAUAGUGGCCUGGUUCCAGAUCCGUUUAAAAAAAAAAUUAUUUAUUUAUUUUACCUUUAUUUAACCAGGUAAGCCAGUUGAGAACAAGUUCUCAUUUACAACUGCGACCUGGCCAAGAUAAAGCAAAGCAGUGUGAUAAAAACAACAACACAGAGUUACAUAUGGGGUAAACAAAACAUAUAGUCAAAAAUACAACAGAAAAUAUAUAUACAGUGUGUGCAAAUGUAGCAAGUUAUGGAGGUAAGGCAAUACCUUACCUGUUUGUGCUGUGUUGCAAUGGUUCAAAUAAAAUAAAAUAAAAUUGUAUUUGUCACAUGCGCCAAAUACAACAGGUGUAGACAUUACAGUAAAAUGCUUACUUACAAGCUCUUAACAAUAAUGCAUUUUUAAGAAAAAUAAGUGUUAAGUAAAAAAUUGAUAAGUAAAAAAUAAAAAUAAAAAAUAAUUAAAGAGCAGCGGUAAUGGUUGGUUUGACAAUGACCAUAGGAGGAGUUGGCAAGACAGAACAGUCAGAUAUGGGACCAGGUAAACAGCAUCUGACACAGGACUGUUAAAUAAAAUGUAAAUGUAAAUGUAAAGCUUGUAUCCUACUCCCCCCCCCUUCUCUUCCUCUCCUCAGCUUGCUGCGUGGUGCAGAGCUGACGGGGAUGUGCAAAGUGGUCAAACCACAGUAUGGAGGUGGAACACGUAGGUUUUCCUGUGAAGAGGAUAAUAUCUACGAGAACAUAGAGAGCGAGCUGUGCUUUUUCACCUCACAGGUUCGUAUCAGUUAUGGCUAUGAUCUCCAAACAUAUUUAAACGUCUCUGAUAUAUGUCCUGUUGCUGAUUUUUACCUUGUUUCCUCAAACUCUGUGGUUGUUCGAUCUUAUAUUUUCUUCAGGAGCGUCAGAGCAUCAUCAAGUACUGGCUGGACAACCUGCGAGCCAAACAAGGGGAAGUCCUUCACAACUUCUACUUCCUUGAGGGACAACCAAUCAGUAAACAGUUGUUUUUGUAUUUCAUCAUUGCCUGACUCUACAGCAUCACAAUAACAUCUAAGACAGCUUUGUUAUUGACUGAUAACUAUGUGUUCAUCUCAGUUCCAGAGCUGAUGGCCAGAGGAGUAAUCUAUCAAGUGUUUCCUCUACACGAGCAACGGAUCCUCGGUCAGCUGAUGACGUCAUGGGUCCAAGCUGUCUGUGAGAGACAGCCUUUGGGUGAGCAGCACCUGUUGUAGGUCCUCUGUAGCUCAAUUGGUAGAGCAUGGCGCUUGUAACGCCAGGGUAGUGGGUUCGAUCCCUGGGACCACCCAUACGUAAAAAUGUAUGCACACAUGACUGUAAGUCGCUUUGGAUAAAAGUGUCUGCUAAAUGGCAUAUUAUUAUUAUUAUUAAUUGUUACAAUUAAAUGCUAAUUCUAUCAUAGAAUAAGAGAAUAUCAUUUGCACUACAAAAACAAUAUCAAUGGAAAAAUACACAUUUCUUAAAAAUAUAAUUUACUAACUAAAGCCAAUAACCCAUUGUGUCUGUCUUUGUCUGCCAUGUUGUUGGUGUCAUGUCUGUGUGUCAGAUGACGUCUGUGAUUACUUUGGGGUGAAGAUUGGCAUGUACUUUGCCUGGCUGGGUUUCUACACCAACUCCAUGCUGUACCCUGCAGUCAUCGGCUUCCUACUGUGGAUCCUGGCUGAGGCUGACCAGGUAUGUGGUGCAGCAUCACAUUACCUAAUGGAGACCUCACACUGGUCAAUAUACCUGUCAAUAGUACAAUCUUAGAAAAAAGGGUUGGCUGUCCCCAUAGGAUAAUCUUUUUGGUUCCAGGUACAAGCCUUUUUGGCUCUAGGUAGAACCCUUUUGGGUUCCAUGUAGAGCCCUCUGUUCCAUGUAGAGCCCUCUGUGCUACUUAGAACCCUUUUAGGUUCUAAGUAGCACCUUUUUUUUCUGAGACUGUAUCAUACACAAUGUAGUUUAGCCUAGUCCCUAAUCUGACAAUUACAUAGGAGUUUGCAAGAUAGCACAAACAGAUCUAAAACUAGGCUACAUGUAGCUAUCAUACACAAUAGGAAUUCACAGUUUUACAAUACAAAUGACUCACUUGUUGGAAUCUAUGUGUAUGUGUUUUCUCUCUCAAUCACUACCUUAAAAUACAUGUGAAAAAUAUGGAUGUGUUGGCCUAUACUACAAAACUAUAUUUCACCCACCAUAGCACCAUAGCACUUACCAUCUCGGUGCUCUGUGAUACAUGUCCAGUGUUAUUUUUAGUUGAUAGAUAGUAUAAAGAUUCCCCUAAUCUGUAUGUAUCUCAUGUGGCUCACCCACUUCUCCACUCCCCCACAGACCAGCCAGGACAUCUGCUGUGUGGUGUUUGCCCUCUUCAACGUGGUGUGGGCGACACUCUUCCUAGAGAGGUGGAAGCGGAGAGAGGCCGAGCUAGCAUACAGGUGGGGGACACUGGAUAUCCCUGCCGAGUCCCUUGAAGAUCCUAGACCCCAGUUUCGGGUGAGCAUCCUGUUAUUGCAUCCUAUUCAUUCAGAGUUAGGCCGAGAUUCAAUCUGGGCGCGUUGUACAGCGUUUGUUAUUUAAAGAUACUUUCCGAUUGAGCCGAAAUCUGCCCUGUUUACCGUGAAUGUCUGCAAACGUUGAGAACAUUGCCUUUAAAAGACACAUUGUUCGACAGCGCUCUACAACGCAUCAUGGAUUGAAUCCCGGUCUUAGAUUACUACCAGUGCUGUUUGGUUCCUUCAGGACUAUUGGACAGAGGACAUAUUCCAUCAGCAACCUCAUACAGCUUUCCCAGGGUCAGAGUUUACGGGUCUACAGGGAUAAGUAAUCAUGAGCUGUAGGCUUGGAGAGUGUGGUGUGAAUUCCAAGGGUUGGGGGCAGGGUUCAUGCCUCCUGGGGUUUCUAAAGGGGCAGUUGUCUCUGUCCCCUAUCAGGCCCGGCUAGCUCAGUCGGUAGCGCAUGAGACUCUUAAUCUCAGGGUCGUGGGUUUGAGCCCCACGUUGGGUGCAAAAUGUUUUAGCUGGUGUUCCUGAUGUCCUCAAUUACUGGUCAUAUCUCAAUUUGGCAACGUUCAUGAUGCCUCCUGUGCACUCUACAGAGGGAGUUGUCAAUAUUCCUUCCCGGCCAAGCUAGUCGUGGGUUUGAGCCCCUCGUUGGGUUUUAAUGGGUGUUCUUGAGGUUCUCAACUACUGUCAUAUCUUAGGGGGACACAUGGCUCUUGUGGUUUCUAAAGUUCCCAUGUGGCUCGGUUGGUAGAGGAUAGCGCCAGGGUUGUGGGUUCGAUUCCCACAGGGGAAUAUAUGCACAUUUAUGUACUCAGUACUGUAAGUCGCUCUGGAUCAGAGCGUCUGCUAAAAUGUAAAGGGGGAGCUGUCUGUUCCUGGCUAGCUCAGUUGGUAGCCCAUGAAACUCUUAAUAUCAGGGUUGUGGGUUCGAGCCCCACGUUGGGCGCUAGCAUUUUAGUUGGUGUUGGACAUGUGUGUGUUUUUCAGGGUGUAAAGCGGUGUAGCCCCAUAACAGGCUGUGAGGAGUUUUACUACCCACCCUGGAAGAGGACGAUGUUCAGGUGGAUGGUCAGCCUCCCCAUCUGUCUCCUCUGUCUCUGCUUUGUCUUCCUGGCCAUGCUCGUCUGUCUGGAGAUGCAGGUAAGAGACAGAAAUCUAUAUUGACAUUUAAAGGCAAUGGUAAACGCUGCAUAUGUCGGCACAAUAGGAAAUUACCUUUCAAUUUCAACCGUGCUACAAUGCAGAUAUUUUGCGCUACGGAUUGAAUCGAGCCCUUAGCCAUCGUAAUCAAACAUGUCCACUAUUGAAGUAUUGAAAGAAGGUUGAGGCGGCAGCUUAAUUCUCUUUAAUAAUAUUUAUUGCUGACACGAUUUCAAAGGAAGCUCCUUCGUCAGAACACUAAGUAGUGUUAGAGCUCGAUUCAAUCCGUAUCGCGGAAGUUCAGAAGUAUAGCGCAAAAUAAAUGUCAAGGUAAUUUCCGAUUGAGCUGACAUACAGUGCAUUCGGAAAGUAUUCAGACCCCUUGACUUUUUCCACAUUUUGUUACGUUACAGCCUUAUUCUAAAAUGGAUCAAAUAAAAAUAAGUCCUCAUCAAUCUACACACAAUACCCCAUAAUGACAAAGCGAAAACAGGUUUUUAGAAAUGUUUGCAAAUGUAUUUAAAAAAAAAACAGAAAUACCUUAUUUACAUAAGUAUUCAGACCCUUUGCUAUGAGACUCGAAAUUGAGCUCAGGCGCAUCCUGUUUCUAUUGAUCAUCCUUGAGAUGUUUCUACAACUUAAUUGGAGUCCACCUGUGGUAAAUUCAAUUGAUUGGACAUGAUUUGGAAAGGCACACACCUGUCUAUAUAAGGUCCCACAGUUGACAGUGCAUGUCAGAGCAAAAACCAAGCCAUGAGGUCGAAGGAAUUGUCCGUAGAGCUCCGAGACAGGAUUGUGUCGAGGCAGCAUUGAAGGUCCCCAAGAACACAGUGGCCUCCAUCAUUCUUAAAUGGAAGAAGUUUGGAACCAAGAAGACUCUUCCUGGAGCUGACCGCCCGGCCAAACUGAGCAAUCGGGGGAGAAGGGCCUUGGUCAGGGAGGUGACCAAGAACCCAAUGGUCACUCUGACAGAACUCCAGAGUUCCUCUGUGGAGAUGGGAGAAUCUUCCAGAAGGACAACCAUCUCUGCAGCACUCCACCAAUCAGGCCUUUAUGGUAGAGUGGCCAGACGGAAGCCACUCCUCAGUAAAAGGCACAUGACAGCCCGCUUGGAGUUUUCCAAAAGGCACCUAAAGGACUCUCAGAUCAUGAGAAACGAGAUGGUCUGGUCUGAUGAAACCAAGAUUGAACUCUUUGGCCUGAAUGCCAAGCAUCACGUCUGGAGGAAACCUGGCACCAUCCCUACGGUGAAGCAUGGUGGUGGUAGCAUCAUGCUGUGGAGAUGUAUUUCAGCGGCAGGGACUGGGAGACUAGUAACAAAAUGUGGAAAAAGUGAAGGGGUCUGAAUACUUUCCGAAUGCACUGUAUGCAGCGUUUACCGUGAAUGAAGUCUCCACUAACGCGGGAACAUUUCCUUUCAAUUACAAUCGCUCUAUAGGAGCCUUUAGUGUCAGUUAUCAUGAGUGUAUACUGUACAUUCUGCCGUUUAAAUCACAAGGAACCCAAUUCACUUUUCAGCCAUAGGCGUUUUUAAGAUCAAAGAGAAUGGCUCAAGGGUUGAUUUACCUGUCUUUCUGUAAUUAAAUAUUUCAAUUUUUUGGUUUAUCUCUUCUUCUUUCUUUUUAUAGGAGUUUGUGAUGGAAAUUAAGGAGUUACCCAGUAUCACAAGAUUCAUUCCUAAAAUUUUGCUGGCCAUCGUUGUGACUGUAUGUGGUGAGGUGUAUAGGAAGAUCGCCCAUUGGCUCAAUGAUAUGGGUAAGCUGUCCAGCUGAGAUUCACUAAUAUGAGCACCAGGUGAGGAAUGAUCGGAGCAGUGAGGUAGCCUCAAAAACCCGACCCUAGGCAACUGUCAAGGGGUGCUGAAGGUGGGUGUGGUGCAUGAAUCAAGCGCAGGACGCAGAAGCUCAGUCCAAAAGACUUUAGUGCAAUAUUCACGUAGAAAAUAAGCACAAUAAGCCCGAAGGCGAAAUAACGGCGCACACAGGCGUCAAACAAACGGCGCACUAACAUGUGCGAAAAACUUCUCCAAAACACUGGAGGGAAGUACGUAGCUCCAACAGUGGCCUGAGUGGCGCAGUGGUCUAAGGCACUGCAUCGCAGUGCUAACUGUGCCACUAGAGAUCCUGGUUCGAAUCCAGGCUCUGUCGCAGCCGGCCGCGACCGGGAGACUCAUGGGCGGCGCACAAUUGGCCCAGCGUCGUCCAGGGUAGGGGAGGGAAUGGCCGGCAGGGAUGUAGCUCAGUUGAUAGAGCAUGGCGUUUGCAACGCCAGGGUUGUGGGUUCGUUUCCCACGGGCGGCCAGUAUAAAAAAUUAAAUAAAAAAAUGUAUUCACUAACUGUAAGUCGCUCUGGAUAAGAGCGUCUGCUAAAUGACUAAAAUGUAAAUGUAAAACAGAAGAGCAAUCAAAGACAAACACACACAACGAGAACUAAAUAGGACACUAACGAGGACUAACAAGACACAGGUGUACAACAUCAAGACAAAACCAAACGAACACGAAACAUAGAUCGGUGGCAGCUAGUACUCCGGGGACGACGACCGCCGAAGCCUGCCCGAACCAGGAGGAGGAGCAGCCUCGGCCGAAACCGUGACAGUACCCCCCCCUUGACGCGCGGCUCCAGCCGUGCGCCGACCCUGGCCUCGGGGACGACCAGGAGGACGCGGAGCAGGGCGCGCGGGAUGGUCCCGGUGGAACUCCGACAGGAGAGAUGGGUCUAGGAUGUCCCUCCGCGGCACCCAGCACCGCUCCUCCGGGCCGUACCCCUCCCACUCCACGAGAUACUGGAGACCCCCCAUCCGGCGUCUUGAGUCCAAGAUGGACCGAACGGUGUACGCCGGAGCCCCCUCGAUGUCCAGUGGGGGCGGAGGAGUCUCCCCUAUCUCAUUGUCCUGGAGUGGACCAGCUACCACCGGCCUGAGAAGAGACACAUGGAACGAGGGGUUAAUAUUCUUAUACUCAACAGGUAGAUGUAACCUAUAACACACCUCGUUCAAUCUUCUCAGGACUUUAAAGGGCCCCACAAACCGCCGACCCAGCUUCCGGCAGGGCAGGUUUCUGGUAGAGAGCCAGACUCGAUCUCCGGGUGCGUACACCGGCCCCUCACUGCGGUGGAGAUCGGCGCUCGCCUUGUGACGAAGGACGGCCCGCUGCAGGUGGACGUGGGCAGCGUUCCACGUCUCUUCCGAGCGCCUCAUCCAAUCAUCCACCGCAGGGGCCUCGAUCUGGCUCUGCUGCCAAGGUGCCAGAACCGGCUGGUAACCUAACACACAUUGGAAGGGGGUUAGGUUGGUAGAGGAGUGGCGGAGAGAGUUCUGGGCCAUCUCGGCCCAGGGAAUGUACCGUGCCCACUCCUCCGGCCGGCCCUGGCAAUACGACCUCAGAAACCUACCCACAUCCUGGUUGACACGUUCUACCUGCCCGUUACUCUCCGGGUGGUACCCUGAGGUAAGGCUAACCGAGACCCCCAACCGCUCCAUGAACGCUCUCCAAACACGGGAGGUAAACUGGGGGCCUCGAUCAGACACUAUAUCCUCGGGUACCCCGUAAUGCCGGAAGACGUGGGUAAAUAGGGCCUCAGCGGUCUGUAGGGCAGUAGGAAGACCCGACAUAGGGAGAAGACGACAGGCCUUAGAGAACCGGUCCACAACGACCAGGAUGGUGGUAUUCCCCUGAGAGAGGGGAAGGCCUGUCACAAAAUCCACCGAGAGGUGGGACCAUGGUCGUUGUGGAACGGGCAGGGGUUGUAACUUACCCCUGGGCAGAUGUCGGGGCGCCUUACACUGGGCGCACACCGAGCAGGAGGAGACAUAAACCCUCACAUCCCUAGCCAAAGUGGGCCACCAGUAUUUAGUGCUAAGGCAAUGCACUGUCCGGCCAAUACCCGGAUGUCCAGAGGAGGGUGACGUGUGAGCCCAGUAAAUGAGUCGAUCCCGAAUCUCGAGCGGAACGUACUUCCGACCCUCAGGACACUGUGGAGGGCUGGGGUCGGUACGCAACGCUCGCUCGAUUUCGGCAUCGACCUCCCACACCACCGGUGCCACAAGGCAAGACUCCGGUAGUAUGGGAGUAGGCUCAACGGACCUCUCCUCCGUGUCAUACCGCCGGGACAGCGCAUCUGCCUUACCAUUCUGGGACCCAGGGAUGUACGUGAUUUUAAAUACGAACCUGGUGAGAAACAUACUCCAUCGAGCCUGGCGAGAGUUCAGUCUCCUCGCUGCCCGGAUGUACUCCAGGUUCCGAUGGUCAGUCAAAAUGAGGAAAGGGUGUUGAGCCCCCUCAAGCCAAUGCCUCCACACCUUAAGGGCUUGAACUACAGCUAACAGCUCCCUGUCCCCAACGUCAUAGUUACGCUCCGCCGGGCUGAGCUUUUUUGAGUAAAAAGCACAGGUGCGGAGUUUAGGUGGCGUGCCGGACCGUUGAGAGAGAACGGCCCCUAUACCAGCCUCAGACGCGUCUACCUCAACCUGAAAGGGUAAUGCGGGAUCCGGAUGCGCCAGCACCGGAGCCGACGUAAACAGGUCCUUCAGUCUCCUAAAGGCCCUGUCCGCAUCAGCUGACCACUGCAGGCGCACCGGACCCCCUUUCAGAAGGGACGUGAUGGGAGCUGCCACCUGUCCAAAACCCCGGAUAAACCUCCGGUAGUAAUUCGCAAAGCCCAAGAACUGCUGCACCUCUUUUACAGUGGUUGGAGUUUGCCAAUUACGCACAGCGGACACACGAUCCACCUCCAUUCUCACCCCUGACGCGGACAACCGAUAACCCAAAAAGGAGACCGACUCCUGGAAAAACAGACAUUUCUCUGCCUUGACAUAUAGGUCGUGCUCCAACAGCCUCCUCAAUACACGACGCACCAGGGUUGUAUGCUCGGCUCGGGUAGACGAGUACACCAGAAUGUCAUCAAUGUACACGACCACCCCUUGUCCCUGCAUAUCCCGGAAAAUGUCAUCUACGAAGGAUUGGAAGACUGAUGGAGCAUUCAUCAACCCAUAUGGCAUGACGAGAUAUUCGAAAUGACCUGACGUGGUACUAAACGCUGUCUUCCAUUCGUCGCCCUCCCUAAUGCGCACCAAGUUAUACGCGGUCCUGAGAUCCAAUUUUGUGAAAAACCGCGCUCCAUGCAAUGACUCUGUCAUGGUCGCAAUCAGAGGGAGUGGAUAACUGUAUUUCACAGUAAUCUGAUUGAGACCACGGUAAUCAAUGCACGGGCGCAACCCUCCAUCUUUCUUCUUCACAAAAAAGAAGCUUGAGGAGGCGGGAGAAGUGGAGGGCCGAAUGUAUCCCUGUCUCAAAGAUUCGGCUAUGUAAGUCUCCAUAGCUUUUCUCUCCUCUUGAGACAAAGGAUACACGUGGCUCCGUGGGAGCGCUGCUCCUGCCUGGAGAUCAAUCGCACAAUCCCCCCGUCUAUGAGGAGGCAACUGCGUCGCCCUAGUUUUACUAAACACGAGAGCUAAAUCCCCAUAUUCAGGCGGAAUGUGCAGUGCGGGCACUUGGUUUGGACUUUCCACCGAAGUCGCCCCCACGGAAACACCCAGACAUCGCCCCUCGCACUGAGCAGACCACCCAUCGAGAGCCCUCUGUUGCCACGAAAUAGCAGGGUUAUGGGUGCUUAACCAGGGAAUUCCCAGCACCACUGGGUACGCAGGAGAGUCAAUCAGAUACAGCUGUAUAGUCUCUUCAUGACCCCCCUGCGCACACAUCCUAAGUGGUGCUGUGAUCUCCCUAAUCAACCCCGACCCCAACGGGCGGCUAUCUAAGGCAUGAACGGGAAAAGGUUUGUCAACAGGUAGGAGAGGGAUCCCUAAAUCUAAACAAAACUUCCGAUCAACAAAAUUCCCAGCUGCGCCUGAAUCUACUAGCGCCUUAUGCUGGGAAUGAGGUGCAACCUGUGGAAAACACACAGGUAUACAAAAGUGCGCAACAGAAAGCUCUGGGUAAGUGGGACGUCUACUCACCUGGGAGGCCCCCCCAGUGCGUGGCCUGUUGUCUUCUCCCCCGGAGAACCCUCCCCAGCACCUGGCCGCAGUGUGCCCUCCACGACCGCACUUGGUGCAGGAGACAGGCCCCCUCAGGCUCCUCCUCCUCCUUUCUCUAGCGCCGGCACCCCCGAGCUCCAUAGGGCUCGGCUCGGAGGUGCCGGAGGGCGGAAUGGACGGAACCCCCUCGGGACGUCCACGGGUGGCCAGCAGGGUGUCCAGACGGAUGGACUUAUCGACCAACUGGUCGAAGGUGAGAUGGGUAUCCCUGCAGGCCAACUCACGUUGAACGUCCUCCCGUAGGCUACAUCGAAAAUGGUCGAUGAGGGCCCGUUCAUUCCACCCUGCAUCCGCCGCUAGAGUCCGGAACUCUAGAGCAAACGCCUGUGCGCUCCUCCUCCCCUGUCUCAGGUGGACUAGACGCUCCCCCGCCGCUUUGCCCUCCGGUGGAUGGUCGAACACGGCCUUGAAGCGGCGGGAGAACUCGGCGUAGGAGAUGGUGUUGGCGUCCAUCUUCCUCCACUCGGCGUUAGCCCACUCCAACGCCUUGCCCGUGAGACAGGAGAUGAGGGCGGAAACGCUCUCGUGUCCCGAGGGCACCGGGUGUACAGUGGCCAGGUAGAGCUCCACCUGCAGGAGGAACCCCUGACACCCGGCAGCUGUUCCGUCAUACGCCCUCGGGAGCGAGAGCCGAAUCCCCCUGGGUUCCGGACCUGGGACUGGUGGACCGGCCGAUGGGGUUGGCAGGGUAGGUGGAGGUGUGGGUACCCAGCUGGCCUCCCAUCGGUGCAGGGUGUUGAUGACGUCCUGUAGAGCGGUCCCCAGUUGUCAUAUCUGGUCAUCUUGGCCGCGAACAUGCUCCUCGAGCGACUCAGGCGUAACUGCAGAUCCUGCUGAUUCCAUUUUGGUGUGUGAUUCUGUCAAGGGGUGCUGAAGGUGGGUGUGGUGCAUGAAUCAAGCGCAGGACGCAGAAGCUCAGUCCAAAAGACUUUAGUGCAAUAUUCACGUAGAAAAUAAGCACAAUAAGCCCGAAGGCGAAAUAACGGCGCACACAGGCGUCAAACAAACGGCGCACUAACAUGUGCGAAAAACUUCUCCAAAACACUGGAGGGAAGUACGUAGCUCCAACACAAAACAGAAGAGCAAUCACACACAAAGACAAAUACACACAACGAGAACUAAAUAGGACACUAACGAGGACUAACAAGACACAGGUGUACAACAUCAAGACAAAACCAAACGAACACGAAACAUAGAUCGGUGGCAGCUAGUACUCCGGGGACGACGACCGCCGAAGCCUGCCCGAACCAGGAGGAGGAGCAGCCUCGGCCGAAACCGUGACAGCAACAGUGACUAGGGUCUGGUUUCAAUUAUGGACUCUUUAUGGCAUAGACCUACAUCACUACUUUAUCCUCUUAAAUAAAAUACAAAAUAGUAGCUAGCAAGAUGGAGAUCACAGAGGUUAUUUUUAAUGAGUGCAUUUUCCGAGUGGCUAGUUUGCAUCAACUACCUUAACUAAAACAACUGCAACGGUUUUGCCUGCAAACUUUGGUUUUGAAUCGCGACGUUCGAGCAUGUCUGCCUCGUGGUUUUUAUGGGAGAGUCCCCAGAUUUUUCCCCCCCCCUGAUCGACGUAGGCAGUGACGUAGUUCCUCUAUGCCAAAAGAGUCCAUGAUUGAAACCAGGCCCUAGUCACUGUGUUGCCUAGGGUGGGGUUUUCCAGGCUAGCAGUGAGGGUCCAUCUCAGAGCAGGAGUACUGAUCUAGGAUCAGGUCCCUCCCUGUCCAUGUAAUCUACAAGACAAACGCUUUAUGAAUACUGGCUCUGAUCUCUUCAGGUUUAAUACAAAGUGAUCACACAGGUUUGUUCAGUAAUCAGUGUCAAAUGGAGCGAUGUAUUUUGAUGAUUCUUAUCACUUUCUUACAGAGAACUACAGACUUCAGAGUGCCUAUGAGAAUAAUCUCAUCAUUAAAAUGUUUUUUGUAAGUUAGACUUUUCAUUCUUUUAUUAACUGUUCUCUAUUAUCCAAAGGGGUGUAUUAUUGACUAAUACUUUUGUAUGUUUAGAAAUGUCUUGCAAAGCUGUCAUCAAGGCAAAGGGUGGCUAUUUUGAAGAAUCUCAAAUGUAAAAUAUAUGUUGAUUUGUUUAACACUUUUUUGGUUACUACAUGAUUCCAUAUGUGUUAUUUCAUAGUUUUGAUGUCUUCACUAUUAUUCUACAGAAUAAAGAAAAACCCUUGAAUGAGUAGGUGUGUCCAAGCUUUUGACUGGUAGUGUAUGUUUAGAAAUGUCUUGUCUCAUUCAGAUUCAUUCUCUUCAUUUUGCAGUUUGAGUUUAUAAAUUCUUACCUUAGCCUUUUCUACAUCGGAUUCUACCUCAAGGACAUGGAACGACUAAAGGAGGUAAAAGCUGUGAAUUAGAUUUGAACAAUGGAAAACAUGAUUGAACAAACUUAUUCUCCUUAAAGAACAACAAUAAAAGAAUCACUCACACUGUCUCUUCACAGAUGCUAGCCACUCUCCUGAUCUUCCGCCAGUUCCUCCAGAACAUCAAGGAGGUGCUCCAGCCUUAUCUGUACGAGCACCACAAACUAGGAGUAUUUACCCCCAAGGUCGUGUGGGAGGUUCUCCAGGCCAUAGUGAUCAAGUACAGCCGCCUGGCUCUAGGAAAGGCCCAGGCUUCAUGGACUAUCCAAUCCCUGCUAGGCCCCAAAGGCAUUGUCACACAUCCUGUGAAUGGACAGACAGAACAGAACAAGAGAGGAGAUCUAAAGGCUGGCUACAGGUUCACAGAGGAAGAGUGGGACAUAAAUGACACACUGAGGCAGCGGAAGAUUAGCUUCAAUGAGAAGGUGGAUGUUGCUAGGGACGUUGCCAUGGCGACCCAGCCUGAGGACAGCUUCCCCGAGGACAGUCCCACGAUGGUGGAGGAGGGCAUGGAUCCUUCCAGCAUCUUUGAGAUAGGUGACGAUGACAGUGACUAUGAGUCCUCUGAGACCAAGGAGACCAAGGAGACUAGUGUCUCCCCACCAACUGAGUGUGACACGGUAGUAUGCCAGAGACUGAAAAGUCCAAUCCCAGAGAAAGAGUCCACAAAGUCCUGGAUUGACCCGCCUGAGGAGCCUAAGUCUGUCAUCGUCACCCAAGCGGAGAUCGAGAGCUGCAUGCAGACAUAUGAGGUGUGUCUUAGUCGUCAGAUCUGUUGCUAUGAACUUGAUCUGCUGCCUAUCAGUGCAACACAGGUCAUUAUGUUUAUAUUGUACACAUGUUUAGUUGCAUUUGAAUGGACUUUAGUUAUUAGUUGGUGCAUACGAAGCCCGGCAUACAGUGCAUUCAGAUUUGAAGUAAAAAAGUGAUUUAAACACAAAUGCUAUUCUAUGACAACCCCAGCAGUUAUGUGACUUUGAUUUUUGACCUCUGAUCCAACAGGACACCCUGCAGGACUACCAGGAGAUGUUCAUCCAGUUUGGCUAUGUCGUGCUCUUCUCCUCUGCCUUCCCAUUGGCUGCCAUGUGUGCCCUCAUCAACAACAUUAUCGAGAUCCGGAGUGACGCCUUGAAGCUCUGUACUGGCCUGCAGAGGCCCUUUGGCCAGAGGGUGGAGAGCAUCGGACAGUGGCAGGUUAGUGGUCGCUCACAUCUGGGCUCGUAUUCAAAAGACAUCUCAGAGUAGGAGUGCUGGUCUAGGGUCAGCUGCCCCUUGUGCCAUGUAAUCUUAUUCAUUAUGAUCUAAAAGGCAAAAAUCGUCAUAGAUCAACACUCCUAUUCUCCAAUUAUGAGUUUAUCCUGGUACAGUAUGUCCCAGGACAUAUAUUCAAAUACAUUUAGGCAUAUACAGUGGGGGAAAAAAGUAUUUAGUCAGCCACCAAUUGUGCAAGUUCUCCCACUUAAAAAGAUGAGAGAGGCCUGUAAUUUUCAUCAUAGGUACACGUCAACUAUGACAGACAAAUCGUGGAAAAGAAUUCCAGAAAAUCACAUUGUAGGAUUUUUUAUGAAUUUAUUUGCAAAAUAUGGUGGAAAAUAAGUAUUUGGUCACCUACAAACAAGCAAGAUUUCUGGCUCUCACAGACCUGUAACUUCUUCUUUAAGAGGCUCCUCUGUCCUCCACUCGUUACCUGUAUUAAUGGCACCUGUUUGAACUUGUUAUCAGUAUAAAAGACACCUGUCCACAACCUCAAACAUCACACUCCAAACUCCACUAUGGCCAAGACCAAAGAGCUGUCAAAGGACACCAGAAACAAAAUUGUAGACCUUCACCAGGCUGGGAAGACUGAAUCUGCAAUAGGUAAGCAGCUUGGUUUGAAGAAAUCAACUGUGGGAGCAAUUAUUAGGAAAUGGAAGACAUACAAGACCACUGAUAAUCUCCCUCAAUCUGGGGCUCCACGCAAGAUCUCACCCCGUGGGGUCAAAAUGAUCACAAGAACGGUGAGUAAAAAUCCCAGAACCACACGGGGGGACCUAGUGAAUGACCUGCAGAGAGCUGGGACCAAAGUAACAAAGCGUACCAUCAGUAACACACUACGCCGCCAAGGACUCAAAUCCUGCAGUGCCAGACGUGUCCCCCUGCUUAAGCCAGUACAUGUCCAGGCCCGUCUGAAGUUUUCUAGAGUGCAUUUGGAUGAUCCAGAAGAGGAUUAGGAGAAUGUCAUAUGGUUAGAUGAAACCAAAAUAGAACUUUUUGGUAAAAACUAAACUCGUCGUGUUUGGAAUGCUGAGUUGCAUCCAAAGAACACCAUACCUACUGUGAAGAAUGGGGUUGGAAACAUCAUGCUUUGGGGCUGUUUUUCUGCAAAGGGACCAGGACGACUGAUCCGUGUAAAGUAAAGAAUGAAUGGGGCCAUGUAUCGUGAGAUUUUGAGUGAAAACCUCCUUCCAUCAGCAAGGGCAUUGAAGAUGAAACGUGGCUGGGUCUUUCAGCAUGACAAUGAUCCCAAACACACCGCCCGGGCAACGAAGGAGUGGCUUCGUAAGAAGCAUUUCAAGGUCCUGAAGUGGCCUAGCCAGUCUCCAGAUCUCAACCCCAUAGAAAAUCUUUGGAGGGAGUUGAAAGUCCAUGUUGCCCAGCGACAGCCCCAAAACAUCACUGCUCUAGAGGAGAUCUGCAUGGAGGAAUGGGCCAAAAUACCAGCAACAGUGUGUGAAAACCUUGUGAACACUUACAGAAAACGUUUGACCUGUGUCAUUGCCAACAAAGGGUAUAUAACAAAGUAUUGAGAAACUUUUGUUAUUGACCAAAUACUUAUUUUCCACCAUAAUUUGCAAAUAAAUUCAUGAAUAAUCCUACAAUGUGAUUUUCUGGAUAUUUUUUUCUCAUUUUGUCUGUCAUAGUUGACGUGUACCUAUGAUGAAAAUUACAGGCCUCUCUCAUCUUUUUAAGUGAGAGAACAUGCACAAUUGGUGGCUGACUAAAUACUUUUUUUCCCCCACUGUAUUUACCCCACCUGCAAUUAAGCUUAAACUCAGAGAACCAUUUUAAAAUCAUGCAAUUCUUUAAAAAAGCAUGACAACAGCUAUUUCAUUCAUAAAGAUAAUUUCCCUCUGAGAUAUUUUAAUCUCUUCUCUUUCUGUGUGCAGACUGCAAUGGAGGUCAUGGGCUUGAUAGCCAUCAUGGUGAACUGUUAUCUCAUUGGCCAGUGUGGUCAGCUGCAGCGUCUCUUCCCCUGGCUGAGCCCAGAGAUGGUCAUCAUCUCCAUUGUGGUACUGGAGGUAAAACACAAUGCAGUGGACAGCCAUAAUGGAUGGCUUCACCGUGACAAGCGGUAGACCGAUGCCACAAAUACAAACAACAAUCGCAGCAAUUGUGGUACUAUUUAUAUAGCACCUUUCUCAAAACCAAGGAGGCUGUACAUAAAUCACACAGAGUACAGGCUAUAAAACUAUGCGGGGGGGGGCAUUGUUUUUACCUCGGUCUACCGCCUUCACACAAAUACGGCAUUUUGUUUAGAAUAUCAAUUGCAGCAUUGUACAAUAAUGUAGAUCCAUAUUGGGCUGUCAUUUAAAAUUGAGAAAGACAUGACAGGUAAUUGAGAAGAACAAGAGCUGCUGAAAGGCAGGCGCCCAACGUGGGGCUCAGACUCACGACCCUGCGAUUAACAGUCUGAGCUAGCCAGGCUCCCUCUACACAGCUCCCUUUACACAACAUACAGCUGAUCAAGCAGCUCCCUCUACACAACAUACAGCUGAUCAAGCAGCUCCCUCUACACAACAUACAGCUGAUCAAGCAGCUCCCUGUACACAACAUACAGCUGAUCAAGCAGCUCCCUCUACACAACAUACAGCUGAUCAAGCAGCUCCCUCUACACAACAUACAGCUGAUCAAGCAGCUCCCUCUACACAACAUACAGCUGAUCAAGCAGCUCCCUCUACACAACAUACAGCUGAUCAAGCAGCUCCCUCUACACAACAUACAGCUGAUCAAGCAGCUCCCUUUACACAACAUACAGCUGAUCAAGCAGCUCCCUUUACACAACACACAGCUGAUCAAGCAGCUCCCUUUACACAACAUACAGCUGAUCAAGCAGCUCCCUUUACACAACAUACAGCUGAUCAAGCAGCUCCCUCUACACAACAUACAGCUGAUCAAGCAGCUCCCUCUACACAACAUACAGCUGAUCAAGCAGCUCCCUUUACACAACAUACAGCUGAUCAAGCAGCUCCCUUUACACAACAUACAGCUGAUCAAGCAGCUCCCUUUACACAACAUACAGCUGAUCAAGCAGCUCCCUUUACACAACAUACAGCUGAUCAAGCAGCUCCCUUUACACAACAUACAGCUGAUCAAGCAGCUCCCUUUACACAACAUACAGCUGAUCAAGCAGCUCCCUUUACACAAACAUACAGCUGAUCAAGCAGCUCCCUUUACACAACAUACAGCUGAUCAAGCAGCUCCCUUUACACAACAUACAGCUGAUCAAGCAGCUCCCUUUACACAACAUACAGCUGAUCAAGCAGCUCCCUUUACACAACAUACAGCUGAUCAAGCAGCUCCCUCUACACAACAUACAGCUGAUCAAGCAGCUCCCUUUACACAACAUACAGCUGAUCAAGCAGCUCCCUCUACACAACAUACAGCUGAUCAAGCAGCUCCCUCUACACAACAUACAGCUGAUCAAGCAGCUCCCUCUACACAACAUACAGCUGAUCAAGCAGCUCCCUUUACACAACAUACAGCUGAUCAAGCAGCUCCCUUUACACAACAUACAGCUGAUCAAGCAGCUCCCUUUACACAACAUACAGCUGAUCAAGCAGCUCCCUUUACACAACAUACAGCUGAUCAAGCAGCUCCCUUUACACAACAUACAGCUGAUCAAGCAGCUCCCUUUACACAACAUACAGCUGAUCAAGCAGCCCUUAAACGGCCUUUACACAACAUACAGCUGAUCAAGCAGCUCCCUCUACACAACAUACAGCUGAUCAAGCAGCUCCCUUUACACAACAUACAGCUGAUCAAGCAGCUCCCUCUACACAACACACAGCUGAUCAAGCAGCUCCCUUCACACAACAUACAGCUGAUCAAGCAGCUCCCUUUACACAACAUACAGCUGAUCAAGCAGCUCCCUUUACACAACAUACAGCUGAUCAAGCAGCUCCCUUUACACAACAUACAGCUGAUCAAGCAGCUCCCUCUACACAACAUACAGCUGAUCAAGCAGCUCCCUUUACACAACAUACAGCUGAUCAAGCAGCUCCCUCUACACAACAUACAGCUGAUCAAGCAGCUCCCUUUACACAACAUACAGCUGAUCAAGCAGCUCCCUUUACACAACAUACAGCUGAUCAAACAGCUCCCUUUACACAACAUACAGCUGAUCAAGCAGCUCCCUUUACACAACAUACAGCUGAUCAAGCAGCUCCCUCUACACAACAUACAGCUGAUCAAGCAGCUCCCUCUACACAACAUACAGCUGAUCAAGCAGCUCCCUUUACACAACAUACAGCUGAUCAAGCAGCUCCCUCUACACAACAUACAGCUGAUCAAGCAGCUCCCUUUACACAACAUACAGCUGAUCAAGCAGCUCCCUUUACACAACAUACAGCUGAUCAAGCAGCUCCCUUUACACAACAUACAGCUGAUCAAGCAGCUCCCUUUACACAACAUACAGCUGAUCAAGCAGCUCCCUUUACACAACAUACAGCUGAUCAAGCAGCUCCCUUUACACAACAUACAGCUGAUCAAGCAGCUCCCUUUACACAACAUACAGCUGAUCAAGCAGCUCCCUUUACACAACAUACAGAUGAUCAAGCAGCUCCCUCUACACAACAUACAGCUGAUCAAGCAGCUCCCUUUACACAACAUACAGCUGAUCAAGCAGCUCCCUUUACACAACAUACAGCUGAUCAAGCAGCUCCCUCUACACAACAUACAGCUGAUCAAGCAGCUCCCUUUACACAACAUACAGCUGAUCAAGCAGCUCCCUUUACACAACAUACAGCUGAUCAAGCAGCUCCCUUUACACAACAUACAGCUGAUCAAGCAGCUCCCUCUACACAACAUACAGCUGAUCAAGCAGCUCCCUUUACACAACAUACAGCUGAUCAAGCAGCUCCCUUUACACAACAUACAGCUGAUCAAGCAGCUCCCUCUACACAACAUACAGCUGAUCAAGCAGCUCCCUCUACACAACAUACAGCUGAUCAAGCAGCUCCCUUUACACAACAUACAGCUGAUCAAGCAGCUCCCUCUACACAACAUACAGCUGAUCAAGCAGCUCCCUUUACACAACAUACAGCUGAUCAAGCAGCUCCCUUUACACAACAUACAGCUGAUCAAACAGCUCCCUUUACACAACAUACAGCUGAUCAAACAGCUGAUCAAGCAGCUCCCUUUACACAACAUACAGCUGAUCAAGCAGCUCCCUUUACACAACAUACAGCUGAUCAAGCAGCUCCCUUUACACAACAUACAGCUGAUCAAGCAGCUCCCUUUACACAACAUACAGCUGAUCAAGCAGCUCCCUCUACACAACAUACAGCUGAUCAAGCAGCUCCCUCUACACAAACAUACAGUUGAUUCAAGCAGCUCCCUUUACACAACAUACAGCUGAUCAAGCAGCUCCCUUUACACAACAUACAGCUGAUCAAGCAGCUCCCCUUACACAACAUACAGCUGAUCAGCAGCUCCUUUACACAAAUACAGCUGAUCAAGCAGCUCCCUUUACACAACAUACAGCUGAUCAAAGCAGCUCCCUUUACACAACAUACAGCUGAUCAAGCAGCUCCUUUACACAACAUACAGCUGAUCAAGCAGCUCCCGUUUACCACACCAUACAGCUGAUCAAGCAGCUCCCUUUACACAACAUACAGCUGAUCAAGCAGCUUCCCUUUACAAAACAUACAGCUGAUCAAGCAGCUCCCUCUACACAAACAUACAGCUGAUCAAGCAGCUCCCUCUACACAAAUACAGCUGAUCAAGCAGCUCCCCUUACACAAAUACAGCUGAUCAAGCAAGCUCCCUUUACACAACAUACAGCUGAUCAAGCAGCUCCCUUUACACAACAUACAGCUGAUCAAGCAGCUCCCUUUACACAACAUACAGCUGAUCAAGCAGCUCCCUUUACACAACAUACAGCUGAUCAAGCAGCUCCCUUUACACAACAUACAGCUGAUCAAGCAGCUCCCUUUACACAACAUACAGCUGAUCAAGCAGCUCCCUUUACACAACAUACAGCUGAUCAAGCAGCUCCCUCUACACAACAUACAGCUGAUCAAGCAGCUCCCUCUACACAACAUACAGCUGAUCAAGCAGCUCCCUCUACACAACAUACAGCUGAUCAAGCAGCUCCCUUUACACAACAUACAGCUGAUCAAGCAGCUCCCUCUACACAACAUACAGCUGAUCAAGCAGCUCCCUCUACACAACAUACAGCUGAUCAAGCAGCUCCCUUUACACAACAUACAGCUGAUCAAGCAGCUCCCUCUACACAACAUACAGCUGAUCAAGCAGCUCCCUUUACACAACAUACAGCUGAUCAAGCAGCUCCCUUUACACAAGCGAUACCUGAUCAAGCAGCUCCUUUACACAACAUACAGCUGAUCAAGCAGCUCCCUCUACACAACAUACAGCUGAUCAAGCAGCUCCCUUUACACAACAUACAGCUGAUCAAGCAGCUCCCUUACACAACAUACAGCUGAUCAAGCAGCUCCCUCUACACAACAUACAGCUGAUCAAGCAGCUCCCUUUACACAACAUACAGCUGAUCAAGCAGCUCCCUUUACACAACAUACAGCUGAUCAAGCAGCUCCCUCUACACAACAUACAGCUGAUCAAGCAGCUCCCUUUACACAACAUACAGCUGAUCAAGCAGCUCCCUUUACACAACAUACAGCUGAUCAAGCAGCUCCCUUUACACAACAUACAGCUGAUCAAAGCAGCUCCCUCUACACAACAUACAGCUGAUCAAGCAGCUCCCUUUACACAACAUACAGCUGAUCAAGCAGCUCCCUUUACACCAACAUACAGCUGAUCAAGCAGCUCCCUUUACACAACAUACAGCUGAUCAAGCAGCUCCCUCUACACAACAUACAGCUGAUCAAGCAGCUCCCUCUACACAACAUACAGCUGAUCAAGCAGCUCCCUCUACACACACAUACAGCUGAUCAAACAGCUCCCUUUACACAACAUACAGCUGAUCAAGCAGCUCCCUUUACACAACAUACAGCUGAUCAAGCAGCUCCCUCUACACAACAUACAGCUGAUCAAGCAGCUCCCUUUACACAACAUACAGCUGAUCAAGCAGCUCCCUUUACACAACAUACAGCUGAUCAAGCAGCUCCCUUUACACAACAUACAGCUGAUCAAGCAGCUCCAUUUACACAACAUACAGCUGAUCAAGCAGCUCCCUCUACACAACAUACAGCUGAUCAAGCAGCUCCCUUUACACAACAUACAGCUGAUCAAGCAGCUCCCUUUACACAACAUACAGCUGAUCAAGCAGCUCCCUCUACACAACAUACAGCUGAUCAAGCAGCUCCCUUUACACAACAUACAGCUGAUCAAGCAGCUCCCUUUACACAACAUACAGCUGAUCAAGCAGCUCCCUUUACACAACAUACAGCUGAUCAAGCAGCUCCCUCUACACAACAUACAGCUGAUCAAGCAGCUCCCUUUACACAACAUACAGCUGAUCAAGCAGCUCCCUUUACACAACAUACAGCUGAUCAAGCAGCUCCCUCUACACAACAUACAGCUGAUCAAACAGCUCCCUUUACACAACAUACAGCUGAUCAAGCAGCUCCCUUUACACAACAUACAGCUGAUCAAGCAGCUCCCUUUACACAACAUACAGCUGAUCAAGCAGCUCCCUCUACACAACAUACAGCUGAUCAAGCAGCUCCCUCUACACAACAUACAGCUGAUCAAACAGCUCCCUUUACACAACAUACAGCUGAUCAAGCAGCUCCCUUUACACAACAUACAGCUGAUCAAGCAGCUCCCUCUACACAACACACACAGCAUGGCAUCGUCACACUCUUUCCACUCUGGUAUAGAUGAAUCUACACUUUUCUGUGUUUUUAUGUCACUGUUUGCUCAGUCUGUCCUUUGUUGUUUUGGGAUUGACAGCAUUUUGCCAUCCUCCUCAAAUACGUCAUCCACGUGGCCAUCCCUGAUAUCCCUGGAUGGGUCGCAGACGAGAUGGCCAAACUAGAGUACCGUAGAAGGGAGGCUUUUAAGGUACAGUGGCAUAGGUUGUGUCCUUUAUGUGUCUUUUCUUUGCAUUUUUUUAAAUCUUUGAAUCGUGUAUGCCUGCAUUAGGCUUCAUACAGCCACUUUAGUGUGUCAGAGUCCAUCAGGGCAUCCUUUUGUACUGAAUGUAUCAAAAGGAUAUGCCUCUGACACUUCACUUGAACCCUCCAGUAACGUUGGCCUACAUAACACUGUCAUUAUAAUUUAAUGACUUAACAGAUUUCAUACAGUCAUGAAAGCUGAUGUCAGCAUAUGGCGUCUAACUUCACACAAUCAUGACACAAACCAAAGCUAGUCAUAGAUAGUGUCUGCUCUCUUUCUGACACAUAUUGUAUAUUACCUUGUUCGUAUGCAGAAGCAUGAGCAUCAGGCCCAGCAGCACUUCCAGCAGCAGCUGAGGAGGCGGCGUGAGGAGGAGCUGCAGCGUCAGGCGGAGCUCCAGGCUGAGGCCCGGCAGGAGAGCGAGUACCACAAGGCCGACCACCAGCACCAGCACCACCACGACAAGACCCAGGGCAAGCCUGGGGACAAGCCCAAGAGACCCAGCUCUCUGCUGGGUAACAACAACGUGAUGAAGCUCAAGCAGAUCUUCCCCCAGCAAGGAAAGUUCUCUACGGGCACGGCCCGAUCCCCUCAGUCCCCAACCGGGGCAGAAGCAAAACUACCAGGUUUCCUCAGCUUCAAGUUCCGAAAGUCUCCGGAGUUGAAGAAGGAGCCGUUGUCAGUAACACCAGCACCGGGGACAGUGGUGACGGCUGCUUCCGUGAACCAGGAGAGGUCCCAAUCCCCCAGCAGGACCUUCAGCCCAGGGAAGCUGUUCAGCUUCAGCAGGUCAGAGGGCGCAGUGGUGUGUGCGAACGGGGCUCAACCGUCCAAACUAGGUGAUGCUGGCCCCCAGGCCACUCUUAACACUCAGCCCACCAGGCAGGACCUGAACACAACUCCGUCAGGCGAGGUGCUACCCUUGUCUGACAGCGAGAAGGGAGAAACGAGACAAUCUAGCGAUACUGACAACUCUGGCUCCAAGUGUUAA